UGCAGGUAAUAUUUAUAACAGGCCAGCCAGAUUUAUAGCUACCUGACCUGACCCUCCAAUGGCAGGCAAAACCACCAGUCUUUUAAUGCUUCUCCUUCUCAGCUUCGCCUCCACUCUGCUUAUUGGUCAUUCAACUUCUCAGAAUGAUCGAAAGGCUUAUAUUGUGUAUAUGGGCAACAAGAGGAAUGAGGUUUCCACAGCAUCCCUUUACACAAGCAUGCUACAAGAUGUCAUCGGCAGCCAUAUUGGUCCAGAAUCUUUACUCUAUAGCUACAAAAGGAGUUUCCAUGGAUUUGCAGUGGAGCUAACUGAGCAAGAAGCUCAAAAAAUGGCUGGAAUGGAUGGGGUAGUGUCGGUGUUCCCUAACAAAAAAAAAGAGCUCCAUACAACAAGGUCAUGGGACUUCCUUGGCCUUCCUAAGCAAGUCGAUAGACCAACAACUGAGAGCGACGUCAUUAUAGGAGUAUUCGACACUGGAAUUUGGCCGGAGUCUGAUAGCUUUAAUGACAAAGGAUUUGGUCCACCACCUAUCAAAUGGAAGGGCAAAUGCCAAGCCUCAACCGAUUUCACUUGCAACAAUAAAAUCAUUGGAGCAAAAUAUUACCGUAGCGAUCGAGAUUUUCAAAAAGAAGAUUUUCGAUCUCCCAGAGAUUCAGAAGGCCAUGGAACACAUGUUGCAUCAAUAGCAGCUGGGAACUUAGUGAGCAAGGCCAGCGUAAAAGGCAUUGGUUUGGGAACAGCACGAGGAGGGCUUCCAUCAGCACGUAUUGCUGUGUACAAAGUAUGUUGGUAUCUUGGCUGUGAUGAUGCUGAUAUUCUUGCAGCAUUCGAUGAUGCCAUUGCUGAUGGGGUUGACAUAAUAUCUAUUUCAAUUGGUGGAUCUUCUGACAACUAUUUUAUAGAUACAAUUGCCAUUGGUGCCUUUCAUGCUAUGAGAAAUGGAAUAUUGACAUCAACUUCUGCUGGUAACCGGGGUCCAAAUCUAGCAACACUCUCAAGCUUCGCCCCAUGGUCUCUUUCUGUGGCUGCAAGCACCAUAGACCGAAAGUUCUACACCAAGGUCCGAUUAGGUAACAACAAGUUCUAUGAGGGCAUUUCAAUUAAUACAUUUGACCUCAAAAAUGAAUCGUAUCCAAUAAUUUAUGGUGGAGAUGCACCAAACAAGACAGGAGAGUAUGAUUCAUCCAGGUCCAGGUAUUGCUACGAAGAUUCCUUGGACAAAAAGUUGGUGAAAGGUAAAAUUGUACUUUGUGAUGUUGAGAAUUAUGGGGUUGGGCAACUCUUAGCUGGUGCAGUUGGUACUGUGAUGCAAGGUCGACGCCCCAGUUCUGGGGCUUUUGCGUUUCCCUUGCCUGCAGCUUACCUUAGCUUGGAGGAUGGUGGGGAUAUUUACUUGUACAUAAAUUCGACAAGGAGCCCAACUGCGACUAUUUUUAAGACUGAUGACCGAAAAGAUCCAUUUGCGCCUUACAUAGCUGAAUUCUCAUCCAGAGGUCCAAACCCAGCUGCACACAACAUUCUCAAGCCUGAUUUAGCUGCUCCUGGAGUAGACAUUCUAGCUGCAUGGUCACCAAUUUCUUCAAUUUCUCCAAUUUCCCCAAUUUCUAAUGUCAAUUUUGAUAAGAGGGCAUUGUCAUAUAAUAUAAUCUCGGGGACAUCAAUGUCUUGCCCUCAUGGUUCAGGGGCGGCUGCAUACAUCAAAUCUUUCCACCCCACUUGGUCACCUGCGGCUAUCAAAUCUGCUCUUAUGACUACUGCUGUCCCCAUGAGUCUUGAAGAGAGCUCUGGAGCUGAAUUUGCAUAUGGUGCAGGCAAUAUUAAUCCACAUAAGAGUGCAAAUCCUGGUUUAAUAUAUGAUAUUGAUGCACUUGACUACAUAGCUUUUUUGUGUGGACAAGGAUAUAGUACAAAGUUAUUACAAGCUAUUACCGGAGACAAUAGUAGUUGUCCCAAAGGUACUGAUGGAAAAGUUUUUGAUCUAAACUAUCCUUCUUUUGCUCUAUCCACACCAUCUUCAAAUUCUAUAAGUCAUGUUUUCAAUCGGACGGUCACCAAUGUUGGAACAUCAACAUCUACAUACAAAGCUAAAGUGAGUGCCCCAACUGGACUUAGUAUCAAAGUGAACCCUAGUGUUCUAUCAUUUACAUCACUCAAACAAAAGCUAUCGUUUGUCCUUACGAUUAAAGGAACAAUAGAUAGACAAAUAGUCUCGGCUUCUUUAAUUUGGGAUGAUGGCACAUUUCAAGUGAGAAGCCCCAUUGUUGUGUAUGAAGCAUUUUGACAUUCUAUAUAUGGAACUUGUAUUACUGAUAUUAAGCGAGCAAAAGCUUUGGUUUCAAAAAUAAUAUUAAUAAUAAAGCAAAAGCUUUGAAGUAUUAUGCUCAUAUAAAGAAGGACGAUAGUGGCAAUGAAAUUACACCACGAAAAAUGAAUGUAAACAUUUGCUGCUUGAUUGUAAUUAAAUGCAGUGCCCCUAUUAAAGAUUAUGUCUUUUUGAUG